CCCUGCGGCCAGGGCGAGAGGACGUAGGGUCGUCGGGUUCCAGCGGGGUCGGGACGGCAACCUUGGGACUCUGCAGCAGCGCUUCUGGCAGGAACACAGAACCGGUCCACGCCUCGGAGCUGGGAGAACCAGAAGCGGGAGUGUCCCUGAGGAUACAGUCAAAGAAAGUUCUCCAGAACAAAGUGCCUGCAGCACAGGAUGGCACUGGCCUUGAUCCACCCUAGCAAGCGUGCAUACUCUUUGGCUCCCCUGAGUCUGAAGGAGGAGCUUCAGGGAUUCAAAGUUCAAGGAAACAGAAAAGGCCUUGGGCAGGAGCCGUUGAGCAAACAGUUCAGGCAGCUGCGCUAUGAGGAAAGCACUGGACCUCGAGAGGUUUUACGCCGACUCAGGGAGCUCUGCAGACAGUGGCUGCAGCCUGAGACCCGCAGCAAGGAGCAGAUCCUGGAGCUGCUGGUGCUGGAGCAGUUCCUGACCAUCCUGCCAAGCGAUCUGCUGGUCCAGGUGCUCGAGCACCACCCAGAGACUGGGGAGGACCUGGUGGGAAUACUGGAAGAUUUGCAGCGGGACCGUGGAGAAGCAUUACAACAGAAGGACCCAACCCAAGGAAACAGACAGACUGUGCUGGUUGGAGGGCCAGCCCUUCACAAAGAAGCACAGGAGCAGCUGGUCCUACCUGAGCAUGAGCUGCAAAAGCCUGAGGAAGAGAAGGGUAAGGAACUCUGGAAUGAGCAUGGGCAGCUCAUUGUAGUGGCAGACUCUUUUGGAAGAAUACAAUCAUGCUACACAACAUCUGAACACAUCCAGGCCCUCUGUAUGGACUUAAGCUUGGAAAAGCAACCAGCCAUGCCCCAGGAGAAAACUAGCAGCCAAUGGUUGGAAACUGAGGAGGGACUAGCCCAGCCCUCGGACCUGACUGAACAUGAAAGGGCACAUGCAGGAGAGUCCUAUGAAUCUACAGUGUAUCAGAGUUCUGUUCCUACUGAACAGCCAGAAGACCUCUCUAGAGAGAAAGGUCACCCCUGCCAUGUGUGUGGGAAAAUCUUUCAAAGGAGUUCACACCUCGUCCGACAUCAGAAAAUCCAUCUUGGUGAGAAGCCUUUCAAGUGCAAAGAGUGUGGAAAAGUCUUUAGCCAGAAUGCAGGUCUUUUGGAGCAUCUCAGAAUCCAUACUGGAGAAAAACCCUAUCUGUGUAUCUAUUGUGGAAAGAACUUUAGGCGAAGCUCCCAUCUUAAUCGACACCAAAAAAUUCACGGUCAGGAGGAGCCCUGUCAGUGCAAGGACUGUGGGAAAACCUUUAGUAAGGCCCUACUCCUCAGCCACCAUCAGAAAGUCCAUGGUCGCUUCAAAAGACAUCAUUGUAAUGAGUGUGGGAAAGCCUUCAGUUUGACUUCGGACCUUAUUCGACAUCACAGGAUUCACACUGGAGAAAAACCUUUCAAAUGUAAAGUGUGUCAGAAAGCCUUCCGUCUAAACUCACACCUCGAUCAGCAUGUCAGAAUCCACAAUGAAGAAAAACCCUACCAGUGUAAUGAAUGCAAAGAAGCCUUUAGGCAGAAGUCAGGUCUCUUUCAGCAUCAGAGACAUCACCACAAAAAGAAAGCAGCUUAAUGAGGCUCUCAGUCUGCGACAACAGAAUGUCACAUCGACAAGCAAACAAUGCUUUGUAAAGUCAGCAUGGCAUCGAUUCUUGGAGACUAAAUUGGAAGCCAUUUGCCUCCAUUGCUUAUUUCUUCUUUGUUUUUCUUAAAGCCAUAAUUAAUUAGACUAUAAUAAUUUUACUUUAGAUUAUAGGAUCAGAGUUAAGAGUUCUUCACUACAGGAUGUCACAGAGCUUUUAAUGUGAUAAGUACAUGAUUAUCUCUAAUAGUCUUGUGUAUGAAUGAAAUCUUUUAAAUCAGCAAAUCAAGUGCCUACAGAUUUAUACAGAAUGGGAGCAAGUUGAUAUUUUUGCAAGUACUAUAGCAACAGGCUCCUGUAAAAUAAAACUAAUGAGGAUUGGGGAGAUGGCUCGUUGACUGAGCCAGUUGCUAUGCAAGUGUAAGGACAGUGCUUUGGGUCUCCAGCAUUCCUGUAGAAGUCAAAUGGGUAAACGGCCCACCUGUGCGCCCACCCCUCAGGAGGCGGGAAUCGGAUCUUUAGAGCAAGCUGACUGCCUGUCCUAGCUAUAUCAACAAACUCUGGAUUCAGGUGGGAGGAUUUGGUGAGCAGUUGGUAGAAUGAUCAAGGCAGACUCCCAGUGUUAAUCUAAGUGCACAUGUAUACCCACACAUGUAAACAUCACUCUACAUGUGUGCAUGCGCGCGCACACACACAUGAAAAUAAUCCCCAGGGGCUGGAGUGAUGA